AUGGCCUCUAUUCGCGUUCUUUCCUUCGAUGCUGAGGGCCGUCCCGUGCAGUUCACUUCCUGGCUCGAUGACCUGCAGUUGUAUCUUAUGAGCAAUAGCACGGACCACAUCUCCCUCUAUGACUACGCGUCUGGUGCUGCCGCUGCUCCUGCUGCCACAGCCGAGCUUAGUGUACGUUCACAGUGGCAGACUCGUGACGCUGCAGCUCGCCUGGCUAUUCGCAGUCACCUGCCGUUAGCUGAGCUAGAGCACUUUGGCGACUGCAAAACCGCUAAAGCCCUAUAUGACGCUGUCGUUGCUCGCUACUCCUCACCUGCCACAGCCGAGCUUAGCCGUCUCAUGCUGCCUUACCUGUUCCCUGACCUGUCCACCUUUGCUACAGUCGCCGAUCUUAUCACCCACCUUCGCACUAGUGAUGCUCGCCUGCGUGCCGCCCUUCCCACCGAGUUCUGCGCUAAGAACCCCCCUCCCCUGUACUGGGCACUCCACUUCAUAGUCACCCGUCUCCCUGACACCCUCAGCUCAGUGCGCGACUAUUUCCUUGCUCGCUGUCCCACUGAGCUCACUGUCGCCCUCCUAGAGGAGAAGCUGCUAGCAGCCGAGAAGAGCAUUGUGGCUGUUGGUGCUGCUCGCGGCGCUCCUCGCACCCCCAUCUUUGAGGGGUGCUCUCCCUCUCCCCUCGCUCCCUCCUAUGCUACUGCUGCUGCUGUUGACUUCCUUGGUGCUGAGUCUGCUGGCGCUGCUUCUGCUCCUGGUGGGAGGCGCCGCACCGGCAAGGGCAAGGGGGGCAAGGGUGGCGGGGGUGGCGCUGGGGGGGGAGGGGGUGGGGGAGGUGGGGGGGGAGGCGGUGCUGGAGGGAGCGGUGGCGGGAGUGCCGGUGGGAGUGGGGCCGGCGGCGGAGGCGGGGGCGGCGGCGGGAGCAGUGGCGGUGGUGGCAGCGGCGGCAGUGGCGGCGGUGGCGGUAGUGGCGGUGGCGGUGGCGGUGGUGGCGGUCGGAGCGGAGGUAGUGGCGGCGGUGGAGGUCGGAGUGGAGGCACCGGCUCGGGCCAGAGCUCCCAGCAGCAGCAGCGUCCCCAGACGACCCAGCAGCUUCGUGAGUGGCUUGCUCAGCGUGGGACGUCGGGGGGCAGUGGCCGCUGUUCCUAUGUCAUUCGCACAGGUGACCGCAAGGGACAGACGUGUGGGAGGUUCCACACCCCGUACCGCUGCUUCUCCCGCCUUGACGACGCUUGGCGUGAGGAGAUGGGCGAGGAUGUUGAGCGCCCCCGCUGGGCUGAGCUCAUGAGGGCUGGUGUUGAUAUCUUUGCUCUUGACUAUGAUGCUAUUAUUGCUGCCAUGUAUAGAGCCCGCUGCCUUGGGUACUAG